AUUUUACGUCAUUGUGUGAUGAAGUGGCAAACAUGGAGGGCAGUGGAACAGCUUCAACGAAUUCACUGCUAAAAGAUGAAUGCUAUAGUGAUUUUCUGACCGAAGACUUUGACGUUAAGACGUACACAGCCCAGGCCAUACACCAUGCUGUCAUCGCAGAACAGCUGGCCAAGCUGGCUCAGGGCAUCAGUCAACUGGACAAGGAGCUCCACAGCCAGGUGGUGGCCAGGCAUGAGGAGCUGCUUGCUCAAGCUACUGGGAUUGAGUCUCUGGAAGGGGUCCUACAGAUGAUGCAGACCAGGAUCGCUGCUCUGCAGGGAGCUGUAGACAGGAUACGAACAAAGAUUGUCGAGCCCUACAAUAAGAUUGUCGCUAGAACUGCCCAGCUCGCCAGAUUGCAGGUGGCAUGUGACCUGCUGAGGAGGAUCAUCAGGAUCCUGUAUCUGUCAAAGCGUCUGCAUGGUCAGCUCCAAGGCGGCAGCAGGGAGAUCACAAAGGCCGCGCAAAGCCUCAACGAACUGGACUACCUGUCUCAGGGGGUGGAUCUGUCCGGUAUAGACGUGAUUGAGAAUGACCUGCUUCUGAUCAGCAGAGCCAGACUGGAGGUGGAGAACCAGGCCAAGAGGCUGCUGGAGCAGGGAAUGGAGAUUCAGAACCCGACCCAGGUGGGCACCGCCCUCCAGGUCUUCUACAACCUGGGCAAUCUGAGAGAGACCAUCAGUGGGGUAGUAGGGGGCUAUCAGACCGCCAUACAGGACAACGUCAGCGCUGCCCUGGACAUCAAGGGACUCACCCAGCCUGCCAGCAGCAGAGGUGCGCCUGGCAGAGCUGUGAUGCCCACUCCAGGGAACACGGCGGCAUUCCGGGCUGCUCUCUGGACCAACCUGGAGAAGCUCAUGGACCAGAUCUGCGCUGCUUGCGGACAGGUGCAGCAUCUCCAGAAGGUCCUGACUAAGAAGAGGGACCCUGUCACUCACGUCUGUUUCAUUGAUGAGAUCAUCAAGGACGCCCAGUCUGAUAUCCUGUACACCUUCUGGAGUGAUGUCACACACACUCUCUCAGUGGAGUUCCAGAGGGCCACAGCAGCCUCGUCCUUCCUGAAACAGGCAUUAGAAGGAGAGUACCCAAAGCUGUUGCGUCUUUAUAACGACCUGUGGCGUCGCCUGCAGCAGUACAGCUCCAGCAUCCAGGGGGCGAUAUCGAGCAGUGCCGGGCUGGACAGCGCGCUCGACCUGCCCAGCACAGACACAGACAACCAGGACCUCUUCACACAAACCAAACAAGACUAUGACCCAGAGAAGGCAUUGAAGAACUCUCUACAGCCCUACGAGGCAGCAUACCUAUCCAAGUCGCUGUCCCGGCUUUUUGACCCCAUCAACCUGGUGUUUCCAAUGGGCGGUCGCAACCCUCCCUCCCAUGAUGAAUUGGACAGUAUCAUCAAGACCAUCAGCAGUGAGUUGAAUGUGGCGUCGGUUGACCCAGGCCUUUCCGCUGCCGUGGCCAAGAACGCAGCCAAGACCGUCCAGCUCUUCUGCGUCAAGUCGGAGCAGCUGCUGUCUACGCAGGGGGAUGCCAGUCAGGUUAUUGGGCCUCUGACAGAAGGCCAGAGGAGGAACGUGGCGGUGGUCAACUCCCUCUUCAGAAUACACCAGGCUGUCGCCAAGGUGAUCUCUGGAUUGGGGUCAUGUCCUACGGCUGCUGAACAGGCUAUUAGCGCCUCACUGGAGGAAGUACAAGCUCUGAUGGCCAGUGCUAUACAGCCUCUCUUGCUGUCGGUCAGUGACUCCAUAGAAGCCAUUAUCAUCACCAUGCACCAGGAGGACUUCUCUGGGUCCUUGACCGCCCCAGGGAAGCCAGACGUUCCCUGCUCUCUGUACAUGCGGGAGCUGCAGGGGUUUGUGGGCCGCGUGAUGUCUGACUACUUCCGCCACUUCCAGUGUGUCGACUUUGUCUACGACAACACGGAGCGCAUCGCCCAGCGCUGCAUCACCCUCUUUAUCCGCCACGCCAGCCUGCUGCGCCCCCUAGGGGAGGGAGGCAAGAUGAAACUGGCGGCAGACUUUGCGCAGAUGGAGCUGGCUGUAGGUCCUCUCUGUAGGAGAGUGUCUGAGCUUGGGAAACCCUACCGCCUGCUGAGAUCCUUCAGACCCCUGUUGUUCCAGAACAGUGAACUGAUAGCCAGUAGUCCAGCUGUGGGGGAUCUGAUUCCAUACAGCACCCUGCUAAACUUCCUGUUCUCCCGAGCACCAUCUGAGCUUAAAUCACCUCAUCAGAGAGCGGAAUGGUCAAUCGCUCGCUACUCCCAGUGGCUGGACGACCACCCUUCAGAGAGAGACCGCCUCACUUUGAUUAGAGAGCGGAAUGGUCAAUCGCUCGCUACUCCCAGUGGCUGGACGACCACCCUUCAGAGAGAGACCGCCUCACUUUGAUUAGAGGUGCCCUGGAGGCCUACGUGCAGAAUGUGAGGGCUCGUCAGGGGAAGGAGUUUGCCCCGGUCUACCCUAUCAUGGUUCAACUGCUGCAGAGGGCCACCAGUGGAGCUCAGGACUCCAGGAACUAAGGGAAAUACAGCUCCCAUGAUGCAACACUGUUCACCCCAGCAUGCCAUGGAGAAGUAAUACCAAUGUGGUGACUGCAGAAUCAUAAUAGGACUUUUCAGCAGGAUUGCCCAUUUGUAUGGAUGGGAUAAGUGGCAUUCCAAGAAGUGAUUGCGAGUAUCUAUUCUACCCCUUUCAAUUCAAUGCCACAGAAGCCCUGCUAAGACUUGUGAUUGGGAUAAUUAAUGGGAAUACUGCAUACCAGUUCUUGGAAGGUCUGUACUGGUAAUAAGUUGACCUCAUUUUAUUCAAUUAAACAUUGGUAGUGAACAAUCGUUAAUUACAAUAACAAAUGAUUGUCGGGCUUUGGUAAUCAUAAUGGUGAACCCAAUCUUAAUCAAAUGAUUAAGCUAAUUCCCCAUAUCUGGUAUGUAGACCUGUGCAGUUCUAUCUUAAUUAAUGAGGUUCUAUAUUGGGUUUAUAAUAAAACGAGAAGUUGUAGCUCAUUACGAGACACAAUGAAGGCUUAUAUCCUGACCCUUGUUUAAAAAUGGAGUGAACACCUGUUGAAUUUGACUAUUUUAUUAAUCUAAUAGUCAUUCGACUGUUCAAUCUCUUGAUGAAACUGAAAUCCAGGUAACAGGUCUACAGGUACAGGAUUAUAUGGAGGGGCUUUGUCAUGUUCCGCAAAGAUAAUUCCUUAAUUUUCAUUAUAUUCACACUUGAUUCUACAUUAUAAAUAUCUAAGGGUACUCAAACUGUUUUUUUAUUUUUAUUAAUGAUGGACAUUGAGUAAAUAAAUCAGUUAUCCUAUUA